CUCUCAAAGGGGCAAUUUUGCAGAAGUGAGGACCUUUUACUUCUCCGACUUUGAUGAAGACUAGGAGGAGAGGAGGUGCGAGACUUCUGCAAGCAGUUGAACUGGUCAUGGUCCAUGUAUGAGGGGUUCUGGGUACACCUGAUAGGAGGAGGAGGAGAUGUAGGGUUGGCUGGUUGCUGACUUUAUUACUUGCUGUAAAAGUUAAACCCUGGAGUAUACAACACCAUAAGUCUGGUUGCUGACUUGACUAUUGAUAUUAAUCAGACAACUUGAUAAGGAUUCCAUUUGAAUGGCGUGAAUGCUUUCAAAGUUUGAAUGUAUAUUUUCUUCAGAGGAAGGGUUCGGGCAACUUCCGUUCUACUUCUCUAUAUUUUCAUGUCUACCGUUGAAUUUUCUGGUGUACGUGUUUGUAAAUUGUAACUAAUUUGUGCAAAUAGUCAAGUCAGCUCAAGUCAACCACUACCAUUGGUGAAGUAAAAUCUGCUCUAGUGCUGUUCUAUCCCGUUCAUCUCAAAUAUCCGAUGUUCUUUCUUCUAUCUAUAACCAAUUAGGCAAUUACUCAGUUCGCUUCAUUUGCUUGAUUUUCAGUGUUAGAUACAGUAGAGAUGGAGUUCAUCGGAUUCUGUCAAGUUUUCAUCACCAUCAUGACUCUGCUGUACAUUUGGUGCAGAUCAUUAACAUUUUCUUCUCGGGAUUCUUCUGCUGCUACCGAGCAUGAUGAUGAUGGUGGUGAUAUCCCCCUUUCUCGUGAAAAGUACGAUGUCUUUGUUAGUUUCAGAGGUGAGGACACCCGCCUUGGUGUCACCAGCCAUCUUCAUGAGGCCUUACGUCAGAAGAAAAUCGAAACAUACAUAGAUUACAGACUUAAUAGAGGAGCCGACAUCAGACCUGCCCUUCUAGAAGCAAUCGAGAAAUCUACGGUUUCAGUAGUCAUUUUCUCACGAAACUAUGCUUCUUCCUCGUGGUGUUUGGAUGAACUGGUACAUAUGCUGAAGCGCAAGGAAAAAUACGGGCAGAUGGUUAUACCUAUUUUUUACGACAGUCAACCCAUCAGAUGUGGGAAAACAACAGGGGAGUUAUGCAGAUGCAUUCUCCCUAACUUAAUUAUACAAAUUUCUGUAUCUACUCAAGUUUUUCUAUUCAUACCAGAUUUAUUAAGGAAGUUUAUACUUACAAACAAUUGUUUGUCCUUCAUAAUUCUAUAUGCCAGGACAGAGGCCGACUUAGUUAAGAAAGUUGUCGACACUAUUUGGAACAUAUUGACUCGCGAAUCGUCAUGUGAUUUAAAAGGCCUGGUUGGAAUUAAAACCCACAUUGAACAAAUUGAAUUGUUAUUAUGCAUGAAUGAUACAGUAGAUGUUUGCACUGUAGGCAUUUGGGGCAUGGGUGGUAUUGGCAAGACCACUGUUGCGGAGGCUGUAUUUCGCAGGCUCUAUUCUAAGUUUGAAGCUUGUUGUUUUCUUAAAAAUGUUAGAGAGAUAUCAGGACAAACAAAUGGACUAGACUGCUUGCAAAAUAAACUUCUUAGCGAGAUAUUAAAGGAAAAAGAUCUACCCAUAGGAUCAACUUUUGUUCGAGAAAGACUCAGCCGUACAAAGGUCCUUGUUGUUCUUGAUGAUGUGAGUGAUCCAAUGCAAAUGGAGCAUCUAGCUAGCGAUCAUCUUCGGUAUGGCACUGGAAGUAGAAUCAUUAUAACAAGUAGAGAUAGGAACACACUUAAGCGAACUGUUGAAGAUGACAAGAUAUAUGAGAUUGAGGGAUUGAAACCGGAUGAAGCUCUGCAGCUCUUUCAUUUGAAUGCUUUCAAGAAUAGCACUCCUACAACAGAUUAUACAAAGUUGUCACUGAUGGUGGUGGAUUAUGCUGGAGGCAAUCCGUUAGCUCUUAAAACGAUGGGGUCCUCAUUUCAUUGCAAGAGCAAAGAAGAGUGGGAAGACGAAUUGAAAAAAUUGAAACAAUUUCCAAGUGAAAAACUCCAGAAAGUGUUGAGACGAAGUUAUGAUGAAUUAGAAAAAAAUGAGAAGGAGAUAUUUCUGGAUAUAGCAUGUUUUCAUAAAGGAAAGCGUAUGGAUGAUGUAAAAAAAAUGUUUGAUAUUCGUGGGUUCUCUGCAGCAGCCGGAACUAGGGUUCUCAUUGACAUGUCUCUCAUAUCAGUUGUUUCAACAUGGAGAAAAAUAGAGAUGCAUGAUUUACUUCAAGAAAUGGGCAGGAAAAUUGUUUUGGAGCAAUGUAUUGAAGAGCCUGGAAAACGCAGUAGGUUGUUCACUGCUGAGGAUGUGUAUCAUGUAUUGAGAAAUAACACGGGAACAACAUCGGUUCAAGCCAUAUUCUUUAACAGAUCUGAGUUUGAAGAGCUUGAAUUGAACGAUGCAGAUUUCAGAUCGAUGUCUAAGCUAAUAUUGCUCAGUGUGGAUUUUUCUAAGACUGGCGACUACUGCAAAUUAAAGGUUUCUCUACAUCUUCCAAAUUCUCUUCGUUAUCUUUACUGGCGUGGAUAUCCUUUGAAAUCUUUGCCGUUAAAGUUUUCACCGGAAAGUCUUGUUGAGCUUCAUAUGCCCAACAGCCAUGUUCAACAGCUUUGGAAAGACGACAAGAAUCUGAUGAACUUAAAAGUGAUCAAUCUUUGUUAUUCCGAAGAUCUAACUGAAGUGCCAAAUCUCUCUCGGAGUCCAAAACUUGAGCAUAUAAAUCUUCUUGACUGUGAAAGUUUGGUUAAAAUACCUUCGUAUUUUGAAUACCUUGACAAGCUUACUUAUCUUAAUCUUGGAUGUUGCAUGCGUCUCAAACAUCUUCCUGAGAUGCCAGGCAAUAUUGAAUUCUUAAGUUUAACAGGCACUGGUAUAAAGGAAUUGCCUUCAUCAGUUUGGUCUAAUGAAAAAAUAUCUAGGCUUAACAUUGGAUAUUGCAGAAACCUUAAGAAACUUCCAAGCGGCAGAUGUAAGCUGAAAGUCUCCGGUACUUUUAAUCUAAAACACUGUUACUCUCUUGGCGAGUUUUCGGAGCUUCCCAGGGAUAUAAGUGUAUUAGAUUUGACUGGAACAACAAUAGAAGUAUUGCCUGUAUCAUCACUGGAGCGCCUCUGUAGUCUCACCACAAUUCAACUGAAAGAUUGCAAAAUGCUCGUGACUCUCCCAACCGGCAUUUGUAAGCUGAAAUCUCUUAAGGAACUUGAUCUCACUGGUUGCUCUAAAUUCAAUAACUUCCCAGAAAUCUUGGAGCCUAUGAAACAACUGGAGUUUCUCAGUUUAGAAGGAACAUCGAUUAAAGAACUACACUCAUCAAUCGAGUUUCUCUAUGUUCUAAAAAAACUUCGACUGAAAGGUUGUGAAAAGCUUAAAUGCCUUCCAACAAGCAUUUGUAAGUUGAAAUCUCUUGAGGGAGUUGAUCUCACUGGCUGCUCUGCAUUUUACGAAUUUCCUCAAAUAUUGGAGCCAAUGAAGGAUCUGGAGUUUCUUUGUUUAGAAGGGACAUUGGUUAAAGAGCUUCCGUCAUCAAUCAAAUAUCUAAUUGGACUUGAAACACUAGAUCUUCGUCUGUGCAAGAACUUUGAGUUUUUCCCGAACAGCAUCUACAGUUUAACCAAACUCAGAACUCUCAGCUUCUUUUCCUGUUGGAAACUUGAAACUUUGCUUCCUGCUACUGUCUUAGUCAGUUUGCUUUCUUUGGAAGUACUAGACCUCAGUUACAGCGGUAUAUCCGAAAUCCCUCCUGGCCUCAUUUGCUUAACCUCAUUACGUGAUUUAGAUUUAAGUGGAACCAAAAUUAAGAACAUACCUGCAAGCAUAAAACAAGCUUCUCAGCUGUCUCGCCUGUGCUUAAUCAUGUGCAAUAGGCUUGAAUCAUUACCAGAGCUCCCGGUGCUAUGUUGUCUUGAAGCAGAUGGCUGCACAUCCCUGAAGACAGUGUCAAGUUCAAGGACUGCACUCGUACAAUGUUGGGACAAAUUUGAACUUUUUCCAGGGGUGCAUAAAUUUUCUAAUUGCCGAGCAUUGGAUCAGAAUGCAAAGAGCAACAUAAUGGCUGAUGCACAGCUCAGAAUUUUGCGAGUGGCAACUGCAUCAUCCAUGUUUAUAGAAGAGGAUAAUGAAAAGUACCCUUAUCGGCGGCCUUUGGUUACCAUUGUAUGCCCGGGAAGGCAAAUUCCAAUUUGGUUCAGCUAUCAAAAUGGGGGAUCUUCGGUAAACAUCGAGCUUCCACCAGAUUGGUUUCGUGCAGGGUUCUUGGGUUUUGCUUUCUCUGUUGUUGUUGCAUAUGGCCAAUAUCCGCUUUUGAGGUUGGGAGUUAAUUCACUUUAAAAAAUAAUGACGGUGAAAGCCAGGAUAUCAGUCGUCAUUUCAUUUUUCCGUGUGGAUAUGGAGAACGGCAUGACUACGUUUUCAAUCCAUAUCACAUGUAUGUGUGGUAUAACGCCUUCGAACUUGAUAAGGAAGCAAAACUCUCCAAUGACUUUUGCAAACGCGUCACCGAGGCCUCUGUUCACUUCUUUUGCCCACGGAAUUGUGACCAACUCGUGUCCUAUGUGAAAGUGGAAAAAUGUGGGAUCUGCCUGUUGUAUGCCGACGAUGCUGAGAAGUUAAAAUGAGAAGUUAUUUCGAAGGAGCCUGAAGUAGUAGCUGAUAUGCGACAAGAUGAGUCUGAGGCGAGUGGAAGUGAUGGGGGCGAAGCCAUUCGAAGUGAUGAGAAUGAAGCGAGUGGAAGUGGAUGAUGACAUUGGCAAUCGUGGAUUGUUCUGUACUACAACCAACCCAUGUGUAAGGUAUUCUUCUUUUCUUUUUACUGAAGUUUAUUUUACAAAGUGGCACUGGCUGUAAAGAGAUGGGUUUCAGCUUGAAGUUGAACGUACGGCUUCAUUCAAAAGAUCAAUAUCUGUUCCAUAAUCUUGUUGCAGCCUCCACAUUUGCAUGCUGCUAAUUAAUAUUACCAACUGUUUAGAUUUGAGGCCAACGUCAAGCACUAAAUUAAUUUGAACUCACAAAUUAU